UCAUGUGCUACCUGUUGUGCCCUAAGAGGGGGCACAGGGAACAAGUUACCCCAGCCACCCCUGCUGCCUUUGAUCACCGCAGCAGUGCACUAUUGCACUGCUGAGCUGGAAAAAUUAAUGACUGCAGCCGGAGGUCCGAAAAAGGGGCGGAGCUACACGGCACUAUACUCACAGUGACAGGCCAGCCAGCACCAUCGAAGAGAGGAGGGGAGAAGAGCAGCAGCACAGCACAGCCUAAAUAAUAAAAAGAACAUUUUAGAGCUGCACGAAAAUUACACUUUGGAGGGCCAGAUUUGAUGAGACUACCUCUAGUAGAGUUUCGGAGGGGGAAGCCAUAUCAGAAGCUCAGCUUAGCAUGGUGCUGAAGUCAUGGCACCCCCAGACAUUCUGGGACAGUUGACACGUACCAGGGCUGUUUUCCGGAAUUCCCUUUGACAGAUUCUGCUGUCUUAUCUUCCAGACACGUACCAGGGCUGUUCUCCGGAAUUCCCUUUGACAGACUGAGACACGCUGCCAGCACAGAGUGAGCCACACUGCCAGCACACAGAUUGACGUGAAGUGGACCCAUCCAGGCCCAAAAAGUGACCAUCAGAAGCUAUUCAUCCCCUAUCCUGCUGCCUGAAGACUGGGAAGGAGCUUGUGGGGUCUGAGCAACAUAAAUGGCGACUACACAGAAAAGAAAAGUUGAUGCAGAGUGUCGAUCUUUCCAAGAGAAAUGGACAAACUAAUAUUUUUUUCUUGAAGUCAAAGGCAAACCUGUGUGCCUGGUUUGUGGCGAUGCAUUAGCAGUAAUGAAAAAAGCCAAUCUGGAGCGUCAUUACAGCUCAAAACAUGCUAAACUCAGUAAAUUGAGUGGCCAAAUGCAUCUGGAUAAAAUCAAUGCUCUUCAGCGGAGUUUGGAAUCACAACAAGCCACUUUCACUAGGCCUCGUUGUGACAGAGACAACGUCAUUCAGAAAAGUUAUGUAGUGAGAGAGCUAAUCGCAAAGAGGCUGAGGCCUCAUGUAGAGGCAGAUUUUGUGAAAGAGUGCAUGGUGGCUGCAGCAGAGUUGUUAGCACCAGACAAAGUAAAAUUGUUUCAGACUGUUAGUUUGUCCCGGAGAACCGUCUCCGAUCGGAUUACUGGAGAUUUCCAAUUUUUCUCUCUGGCUUGUGACGAGACAACGGACAUAACAAAUACUGCCCAACUGGCCAUUUUUUCGUUCGUGGGAUCACUGCAGAGUUUGAUACGCGAGAAGAACUGCUGUCACUGGAAGCCAUGCAUGGCACUACAAGAGGUGAGGACUUAUUUGAGAGACUUGUUUCAUCAAUGAAAAAACUUGAGCUAACAUUUGAAAAGUUAAGUGGCCUUACUACAGAUGGAGCUCCAGCCAUGGUUGGCUCACAAAAAGGAUUAAUUGCAUUUGUCAAGAAAGAACUGAUUCUUCUCAGUCUUGAUCCAAGUGAUUUAAUUAUAUGCCACUGCAUCAUACACCAAGAAAGUCUCUGCGCACAGUCGCUGCGGCUCAACAUUGUGAUGUCAACAGUAGUGUCAUGCAUAAAUUUUGGCAAAAGCAGAGGGCUUAACAGCCGCCAGUUUAAGGAGUUACUGUAUGGCCGUGACUCUGAGUACGGUGAUCUUUUUUAUCCCUGUGAAGUGCGGUGGCUGAGUCGCUGGAACAUGCUUAUGAGGUUUUACGAACUGCGGGAUGAAGUCCAGCAGUUCAUGGAGAUGAAGGGAAAACCUGUAAGGGAACUUGAUGAUAGCAAAUGGCUGUGUGAUCUAGCAUUCAUGGUGGACAUUACCAAGUACCUUUCUGAGAUGAACGUCAAGCUGCAGGGCCCCAACCAGCUUCUCAGCUCCCUGCUUUCAAACGUGAAAUCAUUUGAAGCUAAAUUAAGGCUGUGGAAAGUCCAACUCGAAAGGAAUAACACAGUGCAUUUCCCCACUCUGGAAGGACAAAAGCCUUGUACGACACUUGAAUAUGCUGGAGAAUGUGCAAAUUUAAUUGAGGCAUUUAAUAAAAGAUUCAAGGAUGUGAAAAGUAAACAAAUGGAAUUGAACAUCUUCGCUACACCAUUCAAUGUGGAACCAGCUGAUGUGCCUGAUAACCUACAACACGAAAUCAUCCAGCUACAAAGCGAUGAUAAGCUGAAAGCUAGGUAACAACUUCCCACUGCUUGAGUUCUAUAAACGUUACAUAAGCAAUGAUAAAUUUCCCACUUUGAGGAGACAUGCAUUGAAAUAUGCAUCUCUGUUUGGAACAACUUACAUCUGUGAGCAGUUCUUUUCAAAACUUACCAUUGCAAAGAGUCGACUGCGCUCCAGACUGACCGACGCAAACCUGGAAAACCAGUUGCAAGUAGCAACAUCAUCAGUACCAGCUAACAUCAAAAGCCUGACCAAAGAGAAGCAGUUCCAACCAUCACAUUAAGGGCACUAAGACAUCUGUAUUGGCCCUUUUUCGUGUGUGUUGGAGGAGAAGAAAUCAUUUCUGACUUUGCUGCUCCCCUUUGGCAGCUCUGUAGGAAAAAAAGUGGCCAGAAUGGGCAGUUGGAAAAUCUAUUCCAACAGAAGGUGCAUUCUUCAGAAUCUAAAGUCACUCCCCCUGUGUGAUCGGCGGAUGGUGAAGCAAGACAUGCACCAAAUGAAGAACAGAGAAGGCUCUUCUUCACAGCAGGAGUCAGACAAUGCAGGCAUUGCUGAAACUGCUAAACCGCAACCAAUUUAUAUGAAACUUAUUGGAGGAGCUAUAAUAUACAAUUCCACAUUCUUCUACUGUGAUACCUGCCACACCAGAUACACAGAAGCUUCCAGCUGUCCCUAUUGCUAUGAUGAUGUGAUCUAAAGGAACAUUGCUGUCACAAUAUGAAGUUAUUAACAUUUUCUAGGACUAUGAACAAUUAUAAUAAUCUCAUUUUGAGAAACCGCUUCUGUUUUGUGAACUUUCUCUUGUGGUUAGGAAUAAGAGGAUAGGGAACAUUGGUUCUACCCGAGCAUAGGGAUGUUGAAUGGACUAGCCCAUGCCUGGAGUGCCCUUAUGGUACACCAGUCGUGAAAGUAGGUGUCCCUAUAGAAUCAAUGACCAGGUAAAGGAAGGGUAAAAUAAAAUUAGAAACAAAGAGGGGAAGUUGAUAAAGAUGGAAGCCAUAUUUGUUCAUAGGACUCCAUUUUAUAAUUGACAUCUUACAAGCUGUUUCAAAUUGUUUUUCAGCUUAGAACUGACACAGGAAAGAGUAUAGACCUGUACUUUGUUUGAACCCAUAUUGUGAAGCUAUGAUCUUUAUCUAAGAUAUACUUUCCUUGCACAAUUAUAUUGUCAGCAGCUAAAUGUGAAGGCUUCAAAGGCAUUUGUCAGUUUGCGGUAUAACAGGAACGGAAGCAGAACCAGACAUAUGUAGAUUAUGAGUCCCCUGUUGCCCCACAUAAAACCGCAAACUGGAAUUAUAGCGUUGCUAAGAAGAUAGCAGUUUAUUAACCAAUAGGAUAAGAAAAGUAUGUUAACCAAUAGAAUUAAAGAGAUCAUUAACCAAUAGGAUUAUGUUUUGUGUAAGGAAGCUACGCCACUGUAUGCAAAUAUGUACCUCUUUAUAAUGUAAUGUUUUCAGGAAAUAA